CACAGAUCCUGUCACAGAUGUAGGAAAACGUUUCGUUGCGAUCGCGAUUUGAAGAAAAUGUGGUGUUGAAUUCUGUGGGACAACUUUUCCUCCCCCUUUCUCAGUGGCAUAAUAUUAUUGGAAUAUGGCUGAAAUAAGUGUCCUUUCUUCUGAGCGUUUGUAGGAAAGCAUAGUCCCAGCGCUGUCUCACUAGAGAAAGUGUGUUCUUGGUUUCUGAUGGGACAUAGAAUAUAGUGUAAAGCGCAUAGAGCCUGCUGCUGAGCGGGGAUGUGCGCUAUACAAAUGCGAUCUAUUAUUUCUGAUGGGACGUUUUAAGCCUUAGAUUUCAGCUGUCGGAAAUGGUCUGUAGGUGGGAAAUAACGCUUAGACCAGGUAUAACAAUCUCCCUUGAAGUCAUCGGGUACAUGUUGUUUGAUCAUGUAUUGACAGAGAUGAUGUACCACGAGGCUGGGGCACAAAGUGGGCCGGGUACACGAGACAUCCGAGGGACCCGCUGCUCCAACACAGCUCUAGUGACAGGCUUCGUGCUAGGAGUCUGUGAAAACACAUGCCGUUGUUGUUCUUGAGAUAACGUGGGGCCAUGUCCUGGACAAUCCUACGCCAUAGCAGUCCAAACGUGUGUGCAAUGGAGACAGUUCUGUAGUACAACUUGUAGAUGUUCACGCUUCCCUCUACUCCUGCUGCUGUGGUGAGGUACCGUAGUCUGGUGAAUGUGGUGGUCUCUCAACUCCAUUAUUGUGAGCCUGACACAUAUAAAACUGCUCACACUGAGAUUGACACAUCUAACAACUGACACACUGAGACAGACACACACUGAUCCUGACACAUCCAACAACUGACACACUGAGGCUGACACACACUAAGAUUGACACAUCUAACAACUGACACACUGAGACAGACACACACUGAGACAGACACACACUAAGAUUGACACAUCCAACAAUUGACACACUGAGACAGACGUGCGGCUAUCUGCCCGGCUACAGGAACACACCACAGCACGAUGGCUACAGGCCUCCUCAGACAUCUGCCCAGGGCGGCUACCGGCUUGGCCAGAAAACUGACCAGCAGAAGGCGGGCUUUCCUGACCUGGGGGGCUGUCCUGUUGGUCGUCCUGGCUCUGUACUUUACCUUGACCCAUCAAAAAAAUCAGGCUCCCAAAGUUUUGAAGUUGUCGUUUUCCUUGUCGGCGAGAGACAGGUCCACAGAUGUCUUUGUGCGUGCCAGGGGCGCGGAGGUUUACGUCUACUCCGCCAUCGAUGCUGCGUGGCUUUGGCAGACGGGCAGACGGUUAUGGAGAUCCCAGCGAGAGAUUUCUACUCUCUAAACCCCGAGACCACGGACAGAGACAUCUACAUGGCGAGACAGAUCGUCUGCUCUGUGCCUGCUGCUACGUCACGUCCUCUCCCGUCCUACCUCACUCUGGUGACGCACUCGAGUUGCCAUGGCGACGUCAGUGACUACACCCCCAUCCUGUACCCCCCACGAGUCCAUAAUGAGCUCGCCGUGUGUGCAAAAAUAGCUCACAGCGGAGGGCUUGAUCCGGGCAGGGUCAUAGAGUGGUUCGAAAUGCAACGACUUUUGGGGGUGGACAAGGUUGUGAUCUAUGACCUCGGGAACCCGGAAGUGUUGAUGAAAGUCUUCCGCCAUUACCAGGAAAUAGGGAUGCUGGACAUUGUGCCCUACGACCUUCCCGGGUCUCCAAAACAUCGGAAGUUGACGGAGGACUUUAAGUUUACGCCACAGUUUUUACACGAUGAAACUCUGGCGGUGUUGGAAUGUAGACCGUAUCUGUCCCCGCGUGACCUCAUUCUCCACCAUUACCGCAAGUGCCCCAGCGGCUGGAGAACGUGUCGCCCCGACACCGUGGUGGACAACACGAUGAGUCAGUACACCCGUGACCUUGAACUGAGGGUCAGCAAGGUCAGGAAGCUCACCGGGAUGACCCCACUGCAGGUCUGAUCGUCGCAGUCGCCGUUAUCAUCAUCAUUGUCAUCAUCAUCAGCGAUCAUGGUUUGCCACUCACUUAUUCACGGCUUGAGAGUAAAUGAGAGCUUUUAACAGUGACACAAACGUGAAAGUAAAGCAAAUAAAUGCAAGUUGCUCAUUUUUCUACCAGAUACA